AUGCGCAUCUUCUCUGUAGGAAUUUGUGCACACUCUGAGUGUCGGAGACCUUCAGUUGAGCAGCUAAGGAAUCUGGAUCCUUUCCUGAUGUUGGAUGAAUUCAGGGUGAGCAAGCCAGGAGGUUUCCCAGAUCACCCUCACAGGGAGCUUGAAACACAGGUGUAUUUGCUCAGCGGGGUCUUAGCUCAUGAAGACUUCUGUGGCCACUCAGGGCAACUGAAACCUGGGGAUUUGCAGUGGAUGACUGCAGGCCGGGGGGUGGUCCAUGCUGGGAGGCCCAUGUCAGAGGAGCCUGUGGUGGGUUUACAGCUGAGGGUGAAUCUGCCAAAACAAGACAAAAUGGUAGAACCAGCCUGUCAAGAACUCGGGGGCAAAGGCAUUCCCAAACCUAGCCAAGGAGGAGUAACCGUAGUCGUUAUCUCAGGUGAAGCCUUGGGGGCAAGUUCUAGGCUCGUCACAAGGACACCGACUCUAUAUUUGGACUCUACAUUGCAGACAGGGGCAGUGCACAUCCAACCUGUCUCCACAGGAUGGACAACAUUCAUCUAUACACUGUCAGGAUGCAUUCACAUUGGUGAACUUUGUCUGUUUAGUGUUCUUCCUUCAGGCUCUGAGGUAGCUCACUUUGUGCUGAUAGCAGGAGAGCCUCUGAAUCUGUGCAUCUGUCUUCCAGGUCCAUUUGUAAUGACAACAGAGGAAGAGAUAAAACCGGCCAUCGGAGACUAUCAGACUGGAAGCAAUGGCUUCGAGAAGGCCAUAAAUUGGAGGUCCAAGAUCAGAGACUACCUCCGAAUAGCCUCCAAGCUCACAAAGGAAGUGAAAUCAUGA